AUGUGGUCGUUUUUCUCGAGGGAUCCCACAAAAGAUUUCCCAUACGAAGUAGGGGAUCCAGUUCAUGGAUUAGAAGAUAGGUCUGUAUGGUCUUUACACAAGGGAAAGAAAAGAGGUACACAAGAUGAGGUGUCCAUUUUCUUAUUCGAUGUUCAGAAAAGUUCAGAGACUCUGUUUGAUAUAGCAAAGGCAUCGCUCAAAAAACUAAAAACUAUGAGACAUCCUAGCCUGUUACAUUAUUUAGAUAGUUGUGAAACUGAGAAAUUUUUAUAUGUAGCUACAGAAUUAGUAGAACCUUUGGUGACUCAUUUGGAAGAUAUGAGGCUUGAAGGCCAGCAAAAGGACUUAUUUCUUGCUUGGGGUAUUUUUCAAAUUACUAGAGCUCUAUCAUUUUUCAACAAUGAUGGUAAUAUGAGGCACAACAAUGUUUGCCUUUAUUCUGUGUUUGUUACAUCUGCUGGAGAGUGGAAACUUGGCGGCUUUGAGUUUCUCACUGCACAAGGCCAAGACACCUCCAGUCCGAUACCUAUUAAGAUAUUACCUGCUCUAGAAAUCUAUGAUCCACCUGAGAAGAAGGAUCCUAGCAAACUGAAAUCUGUUACUAAGUGUUCAUCAGAUAUGUGGGGAUUGGGCUGCCUCAUUUGGGAGGCGUUUAAUGGACCACUCAAGAAUCAACCUUCGCUCAAAACAGUUGAUCACAUACCGAAACAGCUUUGUACCUUAUACUGCGAGCUGGUUAGUGCAAAUCCCGCAUCCAGACCAAAUCCAGCUGAUAUUAUAACAAGAUGCCGAAAACUUGGUGGUUAUUUUAAAAACGAUCUUAUAGAUACAAUGUUGUUCUUAGAAGAAAUUCAAAUAAAGGAUAAGGUGGAAAAGGGAAAGUUCUUCUCCACUCUCAGUUCAUAUUUGGACAACUUCCCAGAAGCUGUUUGUGUUCACAAAAUUCUGCCUCAGUUGUUAACUGCAUUUCAUUAUGGAGAUGCGGGAUCUGCUGUUUUAGCGCCAAUGUUUAAAUUAGGCAAACUGUUGGAGGAAGCGGACUAUCAAAAACAAAUUGUGCCAUGCGUUGUGAAAUUAUUCGCGUCCAAUGACCGAACAACUCGCUCACGAUUGCUGCAGCAACUUGAUCAGUUUAUAAUGCAUCUUCAGAAUUCUACUGUAAAUGACCAAAUAUUUCCACAGGUGGUACACGGCUUUUUAGAUACAAAUGCAAUUAUAAGAGAACAGACUGUUAAAUCAAUUGUCCAUCUUGCACCUAAGCUAAACUAUAAUAAUUUGAAUGUAGAAGUACUAAAGCAUUUUGCUAGAUUGCAAUCCAAGGACGAUCAAGGAGGAAUAAGAACGAACACGACGGUGUGCCUGGGCAAGGUGGCGGCGCACCUGCACCCGCAGAUCCGGCAGAAGGUGCUGGUGUCGGCGUUCGUGCGCGCGACGCGCGACGCGUUCCCGCCGGCGCGCCAGGCGGGCGUGCUGGCGCUGGCCGCCACGCAGCAGUACUUCCUGCUGGCCGAGGUCGCCAACAGGGUGCUGCCCGCGCUCUGCCCGCUCACUGCCGACCCCGAGAAGCAGGUCAGAGAUGCAGCUUUUAGAACAAUAAAAGGCUUUCUUGGUAAAUUGGAGAAAGUAUCAGAGGAUCCAAGUUUGAAAGAAGGAAUGGAAGCGGACGUGCACACAGCGACGCCGUCGCUAAGCAACGCGGCAGCGACGUGGGCCGGUUGGGCGGUCACAGCGGUCACGGCCAAAUUCUACCGUUCACACUCUGAUACUGCACGAGUGCAGCACUCCGUCAAGUCCGCUCUCUCUAAACCUGGCUCGCUGGAACAACCAUCAUCAAGUAGUAUGUCAACGACGACGUCAUCAGUAACGUCUAUGACGUCACUGGAGCACAGCGAGUCUGCGUCCGACUACGAUCCCGAACACUGGGACAUGACUGCAUGGGGCGAGAUCGACUCCAGUGCAGGCACGGGCACGGGCGCGAGCGCGCGUUCGCCGCCGAGCAGCGGCAGCGCGCACGCCACGCCCGCGCUCGCCGCGCUCUGCGAGGACGACUGGGACGGCGAGUGGGGCACGCUGCAGGAGCAACCGAGCGCGGAAGCGGAGCUCGCGAGUCCGUCCGAGACUUGGAACAACGCGGCGUGGUCGGAGGCGGUGGUGGCGUCGCACAACGCGAGCGCCACGUACGUGCGCGGCUCCGCUCGGCUCGCCGCGCACCAGAACAGCAACGACUCGCUCGGCGGCUGGGAGGACGGCGAGUUCGAGCCCAUAGAGGAAAACGCCGAUGAAAAUAACGCGUCGAAGAUGGAUGAAAUGCGGAGAAAGCGCGAAGAAAGAAAACUGCAGAGGCAAAGAGAAAUGGAGGCAAGGCGAAGUGCGCGAGGUCAAGGUCCAAUGAAGUUGGGAUCUAAAAUUAACUCGCCGCCGCCACCGUUCUAG